AUGAGGGGGUGCGGGACCUCGACGAGUAGGGCGAUCGGGGAUCUGGGCAGCUCCUGCACGCCUUCUCCACCCUCCACUCCUGGGAGCCUGGUCCUCGUGUUGGUCUACGCGGAGAAGAGCGGCCCCGCGGGGGGCGCGGCGUUGGCAGCCCCGGCCCCUGGGCCGGGCGGUGGUGGCCCAGGGCCCCGCGUCUACUUUCAGAGCCCCCCUGGGGCUGCAGGCGAGGGCCCAGGCGGCGCGGACGACGAGGGCCCAGUGAGGCGCCAAGGGAAGGUCACGGUCAAGUACGACCGCAAGGAGCUACGGAAACGCCUCAACCUGGAGGAGUGGAUCUUGGAGCAGCUUACUCGCCUCUAUGACUGCCAGGAAGAGGAAAUACCAGAGUUGGAGAUUGAUGUGGAUGAACUCCUGGACAUGGAAAGUGAUGAUACCCGGGCUGCCAGGGUCAAGGAGCUCCUGGUUGACUGUUACAAACCCACCGAGGCCUUCAUCUCUGGCCUGCUGGACAAGAUCCGGGGCAUGCAGAAGCUGAGCACACCCCAGAAGAAGUAAGGGUCCUCGACCCCCAUGAACGGUGGCUCCCACAAGACAAUCGCUGCCCCCCUGACCUCGUAGCAACAGCAAUACCGGGGGGCCCUGUGGCCAGGCCUGGUGCCGUGAGCAGGGCUCCCCGUGCCCCUGGCCCAGGGGCCUCUUCCCUGCCCCCUCAGUUUUCCAUUUUGGGGUUUUUUAUUGUUAUUAAACUGAUGGGACUUUUUGUGUUUUUAUAUUGAUUCUGCGGCGCGGCCCUUUAAUAAAGCUAGGACAUGCCUUUGGUGCAGCUAA